CUUCAAGGUUAUAUCUGCGACUCUGAUUUGGUUUGCCACAUGGGUACAUUGACUAUAUCUUGUGGGACGUACGACGGUAGUGUAUUUGCACUCCAGUAUGACUUUCAAACACUUAAUAUAGCUGGACCAAAACAAUUAAAGCCUGUGUUUGUGGAUCCAGCAGCCCAUAAUUCUGCAGUUACUAGUGUCGCCACUAAAGACAGUUUGGUUCUGUCUGGUAGUAGUGAUGAAAUCAUUCAAAUAUUCUCGUUACAAUCCAAAACUCGUCUCGGUGCUCUGGAAAUGCAUGUGGGCACAAUAAGGCAGCUAAAAUUCAUCACCGAGCCACAAAAUUCAACCUAUUGCCAUCUAUUCAGUGCUAGCGAUGAUGGUUGCAUUGCUAUUUGGCGGUGUGAAAAUCCCGAUGGAAAACUGACCAAAUGCAAAACUCCUUCAUCCUGGGAAUGUAUCCGUCAAAUUCGACGUCAUAAAGGACCAGUCCAUAGCAUAGCAAUCCACCCUUCCAAUCGUUGUCUUUUCUCUAUCAGUGAAGAUAAAACGUUUCGUGUGUGGAAUCUUCUUCGUGGUCGACAAGCUUACGCUAUUCGACUGAAGAAUUUGGCAGAUGGAGCACGAAGUUUGUCAGUAUCACCUACUGGGAGUCGCCUUCUCCUGGUUUGGCCUGAUAAAUUCGAUAUGAUUAACCUUACUGGUGAAAUUCCUGCUGAUACUGAUUGUAAUAGUAGUAAAAGUGAAGUUUUUAGUUAUGGCAGUGUCCAAUUCCCUAAUCCAACUACCUCAGAGCCUGUUUUCUUCAGCGAGGAUGAUGAUGAUGAAGUGACACAGAAUCAAGCAGCAUUGUCAGAUCCCCUAUUUGCCUAUGUUCUGGUUGGAGUCGAUGCAUCCCUUGCUCUCUUUAAAUUCAGUAUUGGCGGCCAAAACUCGUCGGACCGAGGAAAACCCUCACUGACAAGUAAAGUCGUUUUACCAGGCAAGCGUAUUAAAUUCCUUCAAGUCGUGAAUUGGCCAUCCGUUUUAGUGGCGAAUGAAACCAUCUGUCAAGGACGUAGUCGAUUGUUAGUAGCAGUCACCACUGAAGCCGAUUGUAGUCAUAUACGAGGUUAUAUUGUGAAUCUAAACGAGACAGAUGUUCUUGAACCAGGUAAAUCAUUUAUCCCCCUGUUUACAUAUGAUGUAUGGAAUGCUCGAAUUACUGCUUUAUCCGCUGCAUGGAGUCCUCAAAAUAGCUACGUGAACUUGCCGUUAUCUGAACAUUCCAAUGACGCUGUGGCUGAAAAUUUCACUUUUUAAUUUAAUUGUACACCUCACAUCUAUAAAUUGAUUAUGUAAAUAUAUAGUCCUCUCUAUUA